GCGCGACCUGGCUUAAAAAGGCCCCGAAAAAUGGGGAGGUUGGCGGCCAUGUUGAGCGAGUGAGGCGAGGGGGAGGGCAGAAGUGGAACCGAGAAGCGGGAGACAGACAGUGGCACUACUUUGAUCGAGGUCACAGAGGGCAUUAGCCUCCGGACUCCCUGUCGCGCUCGGGAGAUCAACGCCACAUUUAAGCGUCCGCCCGGGGGGAACGCGAGGCACGCCAUGUUGACCCUCUGAAAAUGAUGGCGGCCAAACGUUUCGCGGGUGCCCAAAUGACGCCAUCGUGCUUCCUCGUCCUACUCCUGAUGAGCGGCGUCGCGUCGGUGUCGGCGCAGUUUAACGGAUACAAUUGUGACGCCAGCCACCACAGCAGGUUUCCUGGCGAGCAGGACAUCAGCGUGUACUGCGGCGUGCAGACCAUUACGGUGAAGAUUAACUUCUGCCCCGUGCUGUUCUCCGGCUACACUGACACGGACCUGGCCCUCAACGGUCACCAUGGCGACACCCAGUGCCGUGGCUUCAUCAACAACAACACCUUCCCCACGGUUGUGCUGUUCACCAUCGGACUCAGCACCCUGGAAGCUUGUGGCAACAGCCUGGAGGUGAUCACAGCGCUCGGGCCCAACGCUUACGGGAACAUGUCGCUGGUACAAAUCGGGAACAUCUCCGGCUUUGUAGACUCCCCCGACCCGCCGACAAUCAUCAGCUACCUCCCUGGUUUGUUAUACAAAUUCAGCUGCAGCUACCCACUGGAGUACUUGGUCAAUAACUCAGAGUUGGCAUCCUCGUCAGUCGCAAUAUCCGUCAAAGACAGCAACGGCACGUUUGUGAGCACGCUGAGUCUCAUGCUGUACAACGAUUCAACAUACAAUCAACUGCUCUCCAUCCCCAUGGCCGGUCUGGCUUUGAAGACCAGAGUGUUUGCCGCAGUCAAGGCCACAAACCUGGACAAACGUUGGAACAUCUUGAUGGACUACUGUUACACCACCCCCUCAGGGAAUCCUAAUGAUGAACUCCGCUACGACCUUUUCCUGGGCUGCUACAAAGACCCUCAGACCACCGUUUUUGAGAAUGGCAAGAGUCAGAUGGGACGUUUUUCCUUUGAGGUUUUCCGCUUUGUGAAGCACCGGCACCAGAAGAUGUCCACGGUGUUCUUGCACUGCGUCACCAAACUGUGUAAAAGUGACGACUGCAUAAUGCUAAUGCCGAUCUGCGGGCGGCGAAGAAAGCGAGACGAACGGGCCGGCCUCGGUUCGCCUCCGGCUGCCAGUGGCAACGCCGUUCUUAGCGCCGGACCGAUCAUCACCAGGAGUGAUGAUACCCCCACCAACAACAGUCAGCUUGUGGCAGGCGACCCCUCACAGCCGAUGAAUCCGAUGACCAUGGCGCUGAUCUCAGGCGUGGUCAUCCUGGGCGGGAUUAGCGUCGGCUUCGUGCUGCUGUCGCUGCACCUCCUGCAGAAGGCACGCCUCCCAACAUCCUCCUCGGCUGCUGCAGCCUCAGGAGCUUGGAACCCUGCUUUUAAAUGAACACAUUAAAUUAUAAACACACUGUAGUGAAUUAAUUUGCACACACAUCAUUAAAUGUGUGUUUCAGGU